AUGUCAAAUAAUAAUAGUAUAAAGCGCUUAAUAAAAUAUGAGGAAAGUAACAAUAAAGAUUUUAUUGAAAAAUAUUUAGUAAAAACAAAAAAUGAAUUUAUAGAAAAACAAAUGAGAGCUUUAUAUGAAUGCCGAGAAGUACAUAAAGGAAAUAUAGAUGAAAUAAUAAAUAUACUUUCUUUCGCUUUAGAAAAUAAUGAUAGUGUAUUAUUAAGGCAUGAAAUAGCUUAUGUUUUAGGUCAAAUAAGUAAUGAAAAAUGUAAUAAUAUUUUAAUUAAAUUAUUAAACGAUAAAAAUGAAAAUGUAAUGGUUAGACAUGAAGCUGCUGAAGGGUUGGCUGCAAUAGGGAGUGAAUCUAAUAUUCUUAUAAUAAAAAAAUUUUUAAAUGAUGAAAGCAUAGAAGUAAGAGAAACGUGUGAAUUAGCGUUAAGUUCAUUACUAGAAAAAAAUAAAAAUCCUUUUUGUUCAUGUAUUAACAAAGAAAACAUAAAAGAAUUAUUAAGAAAAAAACAAAGUGAUGAAUUUGUUUCAAAAAAAUUUAAAACUAUAGAUCCAGUUGUAUUCAUAUCAAAAAACAAAAGCGUUGAUAAAUUAAUUGAAGAUUUAAAUAAUGAAGAUAACCCUUUAAAAUUAAGAUAUGAAGCUUUAUUUCAAUUAAGAGAUAUGGAAUCUGAUAUUUCACUGAAUGCAUUAGGUGAAGCUCUAAUAAAAGAUAAUAAGUCGGCAAUAUUUAGACACGAAGUAGCAUUUGUAUUAGGUCAAGCUUUACAUUUAAAUUCUUUAAAAUACCUAAUUUCAUCUUUAACAAACAUCAAUGAGCAUGAAAUGGUAAGACAUGAAGUUGCUUUAGCUUUAGGGUCUCUCGGGAGCUUAAAUUUAAAUUCAGAGGAAUAUAAAAACAUUCAAAACACAAUUAUUAAUACUUUAAAAAUGUAUUCAAAAGACAAAUGCAAAGUUGUAGCUGAAAGCUGCUUAGUUGGAUUAGAUUAUAUAGCUGAAAAUUUAAAUAUAGCAAUAGAAAUAAAUUAA